GAGUGCAUCCUGUCCAUGUUCAGCAGCUGUCCGCCCACGAUGCACCUGUCCAGAGGGUUCACUGACCUCGUGUGGAAGCAGCUGUGUCCGUCUCUGGUGGCGAUUAUGGGAAAUCCCGUCAAUGAUAAAACCAUCACUUCCCACCACGGAAUCAGCCUGGAUGUGGAUUCUGUCGGUGGAGGCGUGUCCGAUCAAGGCAGAGGUUCGGGCUGCUCCUCCAGCGCACCCGCCAGGAUCGCCCCGGUAGUGCGGACGGUGUGUUACAUCGCGGCGGAGCUGGUGCGUCUGGUGAGCUGCGUGGAGUCGAUGAAACCGGUGCUGCAGUCGCUCUAUCACAGGAUCCUGCUGUAUCCGCCUCCUCAGCACCGCACAGAGGCCAUCCGCAUCAUGAAGGAGAUUCUUGGAAGUCCUCAGCGGCUUUACGACCUGGCCGGUCCGUGUGUCGUCGAGCCUGAAACCAGAAAACGCUCCUUCUCUAAGAGGAAGUCUCACCUGGACCUGCUCAAACUAGUGAUGGAUGGGAUGACAGAAGCCUGUAUGAAGGGAGGCAUUGAAGCUUGUUACUCCUCCGUCUCCUGUGCCUGUGCUCUCCUGGGAGCGUUGGACGAACUGUCACACGGACGAGGCAUCCAGCCCGAGCAGGCUCGGCUUCUCCUCCGUCGCCUUGACGACCUGAAAGAAGGGACCGAGUCGACCCGAGAGUCCAUGGAGAUCAACGAGGCCGACUUCAGGUGGCAGAGACACAUCCUGGCCUCGGAGCAGGCUCCCUGGGACCCGAGCUCCUCCUCCUCCUCCAACGUGCCCUGCCCCGGGCCCACCGAGCGCAGCCCCGACAUCAGCAUCAGCAUCACCACGGAAACGGGCCAAACCACCCUGGAUCUGGAGGCGGGGGAGCUCGGCCUGGGUCCGGGUCACACCACUCCCGAGGAGUGCGGGGAGGAAACGCGCCUCCCGUCGCCCUCCAACGUUCAGGAGGGGAGCAAACAAAAAGGUGGAGGAGGAGAGAGAGGAAUUGUGGUUCCUCCAGAUGUGGUCCAGCGUAGCCAUGCACUCGUCUACCCUGACAUCACCAACUUCCUGUCUGUGGAGUCCAGGACCAGGACGCAUCAUGCAGGAGGGUCACGAUACAGCGAGAGCAACUUCAGUAUGGAGGAGCAGGACUUGUCUCGUACAGAGUUUGACUCAUGUGAUCAGUACUCCAUGGCUGCAGAGAAAGACUCCGGCCGCUCCGACGUGUCCGACAUCGGCUCCGACAACGUGUCUCUGGCCGACGAGGAGCAGCAGACGCCUCGUGACUGUCUGGGUCACCGCUCCCUGCGCACCGCCGCCCUGUCGCUCAAACUGCUGCGCAACCAGGAGGCCGACCAGCAGAGCGCCAGGCUGUUCGUCCAGUCGCUGGCGGCGCUGCUGCCUCGGCUGCUCGGAUUGGCCAACGGCACCGAGGUGGACCUGUCGCUGCAGAACUUCUCCUACACCUUCUGCUCUGGAUUACAGGCUGGUGGAAUCCACUCUCCAGGUUUUGAGGCAGGUGACACCCUCAGCUGUCAGUCUCUGAUGAACGCAGACGGCCUGUACUUGGUGUCGUACUACGCUCUGCUUCUCAACCUCAAACUCUGCUGCUGCGACUACUACAGGCGGCGAACGCUCUCCCCCGUCCUGAGCCUGGAGUUCGUGCAUCUGAUCCAGAGCAGCGGAGUCCUCGUGGUUCUGUCUCAGGCUUGGAUCGAGGAGCUCUACCAUCAGGUGUUAGAACGCAACCUGCUGGCCGAGGCCGGGUACUGGGGCUCUCCGGAGGGCCACACACUGCCGCUUAUCACCGUGCUGACAGAUAUCGACGGUCUGGGCAGCAGUGCAAUCGGAGGUCAGCUGAUCAGGAGGGCAUCCAGCCAAUCACCACUCACAUGUGGCAAGGCCAGCAGUGACACUGUGAUGGCAGGAGCCGUGUUCUCCCGCUUCAUCCUGACCGGCGUGUGGAAGAACCUGAUCGAUGUUCUGUCCACGCCGCUGACGGGACGCAUGGCCGGCAGCUCCAAGGGCCUGGCCUUCAUCCUGGGAGCGGAGGGGAUCAAAGAGCAGAGCCAGAGGGAGAGAGACACCAUCUGUCUGAGUUUGGACGGCCUACGCAAAGCUGCAGCACUCAGCUGCGCCUUGGGUGUGGCUGCCAACUGUGCGUCAGCUUUGGCGCAGAUGGCUGCAGCCUCCUGCGUACAGGAGGAGAAGGAAGAGAGGGAGGCGGCAGAGAUGGGAGACACCAUCACACAAGUGAAGCAGCGAGUCGAGCAGCGUCUGGAGCAGAUGGGUCGUCCUCAGGGAGUUCGCCUGCACACGGCUCACGUGUUGUGCAUGGACGCCAUCCUGAAUGUGGGGCUGGAGAUGGGAAGCCACAACCACGACUGCUGGCCGCAUGUCUUCAGGGUAACAGAGUACAUCAGUUCUCUGGAGCACACCCACUUCAGCGACGGCUCCUCUCAGCCGUCCUCGCUGACCACCAUCACCCAGCACAGCCAGCAGCUUCCCGCCGUAGACCUGGGCCUGGAGCUGAGCUGCGAGCCCAGCCCCGAGGCCUCGGAGAUGGGCCUGAGUCAGCCCGUCAUCCAACCUCUGUCCAUCCAGGAGCUGCUGAGGGAGUGUGGGAGAGGAGGCCGAGGUCUGGACCUGAAGAGCGGCAGCCUGAUGACGGGGAACAGCGCUGCGAAGGCCGUGUGUACGCUGUCGACACAGGCUGACAGGUUGUUUGAGGAAGCGGCCACCAAGCUCAAUCUUGUGGGUCUUGUGGGUUUCCUGCAGCAGCUCAGAAAAGCUUCUCAGUGUCAGCUGUUCGACUCCAUCACUGAGACCGGAGACUAUUCUCUGGCGAUGCCGGGAGAAGCCAAGUCGACGUCGGACCGGCGCAGCGCUCUUCAUCUGUUCCGCCUGGGCGAGGCCAUGCUGCGGAUCGUCAGGAACAAGAACCGACCUCUGCUCCACAUGAUGAGGGCCUGGAGCGUGGUGGCGCCACACCUGGUGGAGGCUGCGUGUCAUAAGGAGCGUCACGUAUCCCAGAAGGCCGUUUCCUUCAUCCACGACGUUCUGACGGAGGUGCUGACGAGCUGGGCCGAGCUUCCACACUUCCACUUUAACGAGGCGCUGUUCAGACCCUUCGAGCACAUCAUGCAGCUGGAGCUCUGUGACGAGGGACAGUGCAGGGACCAGGUGAUCACAUCGAUAGGUGAGCUGGUGGAGAUGUGUUCCCCUCAGAUCUUGUCAGGAUGGAGGCCUCUGUUCAGCGCUCUGAGGACCGUCCACAGCAGCAAGAGCGACACCAAAGACUACCUGCUGGGAGAAUACUCCAUGGGGAAGUCCCAGGCUCCGGUCUUUGAUGUCUUUGAAGCUUUCAUCAACACUGACAACAUCCAGGUUUUUGCCAACGCCGCCACCGACUACAUCAUGUGCCUCAUGAAGUUCGUCAAAGGCUUAGGAGAGGUGGACUACAAGGAGAUCGGAGACUGUGUCCACGUGUCUGGUUACAGCUCCACAGAUCUCUGCCUGCCUGCUCUCGACUACCUCCGCAAAUGUUCCCAGCUGCUGGCUAAGAUCUACAAGAUGCCGUCCAAGCCGGUGUUCCUCGGCGCUCGGCUCGCCAGCCUGCCGAUGAGAUCGCAGGAACGCUCGAUCAGCAGCGAGGACGGGAUGGACUGUAUCCUGCAGGAGUUCGAUGAUGACACAGGUUUGAUCCAGGUGUGGAUUUUGUUACUGGAGCAGCUCACAGCAGCCGUUUCAAACUGUCCUCGUCAACAUCAGCCUCCAACCCUCGAUCUGCUUUUCACUCUGCUCAGAGAAGUCACCAACAUACCAGGUCCGGGUUUCGCCAUCUUCUCCGUCAUCCAGCUGCUGCUUCCCGUGAUGUCACUGUGGCUGCAGCGUAGCCAUGGCGACCACUCCUACUGGGAUGUGGCGGCGUCCAACUUCAAACACGCCAUCGGCCUGUGCUGCGAGCUGGUGGUGGAGCACGUCAACAGCUUCAUACACUCAGAUAUCGGUUACGAGUCUUUGAUCAACCUGAUGUUGAAGGAUCUGUUCAAGCUGCUGGUGGCCUGUGUGUCUGAACCUGCGGAGACCAUCUCCAGAGUGGGCUGCUCCUGCAUCAGGUAUGUGUUGGUGACGGGAGGCCCAGUGUUCACAGAAGAAAUGUGGAGGUUGGCCUGCUGCGCUCUGCAGGAUGCUUUCUCUGCUACGUUAGAGCCUGUCAAGAACCUUCUAGCGUGCUUUCACAGCGGUUCGGACAGUUUCUCCGGAGACGCCUGCGAGGUGAAGGUGGCUGCUCCGUCACACUCGCCGUCAGCUGAGGCCGAGUACUGGAGGAUCAAAGCGAUGGCUCAGCAGGUCUUUAUGUUGGACACCCAGUGCUCUCCGAAGACGCCCAACAACAAGGAAGGCUUCGAACACGCUCAGUCCUGCGUCCUCAUCAUCGAGCUGCCGUCCGACCAGCAGUCCAACGGACACGCUCAGAAGAGGAUCCCGUUUCGGACCAUCGUUGUGAGCCUGCUGUCCCAUCAGGUCUUGCUCCAAAACCUGUACGACAUCCUGCUGGAGGAGUUCGUCAAGCACCCUGAAGUUAACGAGAAGGCGACGCCUGUGACCUCCGACUCCAAGCCGCCGUCUGCAGGCUUCCUGCGCUACAUCUCUAUGACUAAUUUAUCCAUCAUCCUGGAUCUGCUGCUGGACUCCUACAGGACGGCGCGGGACUUUGACACUCGGCCAGGCCUGAAGUACCUGCUGAUGAAAGUGUCGGGUGUUUGCGGAGCGGCUAACCUUUACCGUCAGUCUGCCAUGAGCUUCAACCUGUACUUCCAGGCGCUGCUGUGUGCAACACUGAGCCAGGCCGACACCAUGACGGCACAGCAGGUGAAGAGGAUCUUGUACGAGGAAGAGGAGGGGAGCUCUGACUCCUCUCACCCCGGCUCUGCUUCCUCAGAGGAUGAAGACAUAUUUGAAGAAACAGCACAGGUCAGCCCCCCUCGCGGCCGUGAAAAGCGUCAUCAGUGGCGAGCCCCGAACCCGUCGCUCAGCGUGCAGCCUCUGGGCAGCGCCGACUGGGCCUGGCUGGUGAAACGCCUCUACAAGCUGUGCAUGGAUCUGUGCAACAGCUACAUCCAGAUGCACCGCGACCUGGAGAGCACGCUGGAGGAGACGCAGCUGCUGAGAGCAGGAGUAGCAGGAGGAGGAGAUCACGUCUUCUUCCUGCCUCUCUUCCCGUCCGAGACUUCCACCCCGACGUCGGCUGGCGGGCUUUCGGCGAGGGGGACGCCUUCGGAGGAAUCCAGGUCUCAGACGGCGGACAUUAGCACAGCGUCACCAGGAGACACGCCAACACCCAGCCCAGGAUACAGCAGCUCGGGACCCGGGAGGAGAAAGGAAUGGUGGGAAAGCGCCGGGAACAAACUGUACACCAUCGCCACGGACAAAACCAUCAGCAAACUGAUGAUGGAGUACAAACGCAGGAAACAGCAGCAGCAGCCGCAGCAGCAGAGCCACGUCAACCUGUUCAUGAAGGAGCAGGGCCGGGCGGCGUCGGCGGCAGGAGGAGUCGGAGGGGAGAGGAGGGGUCCGGUGGAGCAGCAGAGGCUCCCGCAGAGGCCCCAGCAGCUGGUGGACCAGCAGGGGCCAGCGUUGAGGCACUCAGUCAGUGCAGGGCCAGAAGUCUUGAGGCAGGAGAAACGGCCACGGUCUGGAUCCACCAUCAGCUCCCACAGCAUCUCACUGAGGGAUUCUGAGGCUCAGAUACAGGCAUGGACCAACAUGGUCUUGACUCUCCUCAAUCAGGUCCUCCUCCUGUCAGACUCGUCCUUCCUGGCGCUCCAGCCGGUGCUCUACCCGUGCCUCAGCCAGCUCUCCUGCCACGUGACCGACGCCCGGGUCCGCCAGGCACUGCGCGAGUGGCUGGGCCGCGUCGGCAGACUCUAUGACAUCAUCGUGUGA